GCGGAAGUGCAACACGUGCAGCUGCACAGAUUACAAGUUAACCUCAUUCGUGAAGAUUCGCCGCAAGAAUUUCAGUGACACGAUAAAAAUAAGCAGUUUCUCUGUUGAUUUCUUAACUUUUUUUUUUCUAUUUCGAUAUGAUCUCGUUAGCAACCGGAAAACCUGCGAAAGACGAAGUGGAACCGACUGAAUUUCCAAAUGCUCAAGAUCCUCAAGAUGAUCCAUACGACGUAAGAAAGUGCGCCGAGUGGAUUCAGACGAAUGCGUUAAAACAGGUGUGCUUACAAUUCCCAGAUAAUUUAUUAGCAGACUCCGUAGAGGUUGCACUACGUUUGGAAAAAGAUGUAGGGCAGAAGGUAUAUAUCUUGGGCGAUACGACUUGCGGUAGUUGUUGCGUCGAUGAAAUAGCAGCCCAGCACAUUAAUGCAGAUGGUAUAAUACAUUUUGGACACGCUUGUCUGAAUCCUACAACUCGCUUACCAGUUUUUCACGUUUUACCAAAAAAGUCACUUGACACAACAAAACUUAGUAAUGAAUUUAAGCAGAUCUUCCCAGAUUGCGCAAGGAAAAUCUUAAUUUUCUACGAUGUGGCACAUGCACAUCAAAUCGAAAACGUAUAUAAUACGUUAAAACCUACGUACAAGCAUCUAGUUUUGUCCAAAUUAAAUUGCACGUCGAAUGUCGAAUACGCUGAUGUGAAAACAGGCCCGGCCUCGAUCAUCUUGGGCAGAAAUUACGCGUUAGAAAAUGGGUAUAACAUACAGGAUUAUGAAGGAUUCUUUCUGGGCGAGGAAGGGAAAACACUUGCGAUAUUAGCAAUGGGUAUACCUGUGAAACGAUGGUACUGUUUCGCAAAUGGUGAGAUAAAUGAGUUUGAGGCACUAAACACACCCUGGUUGAAACGGAGAAGAUUCUUGAUAGAAAAAUUGAAGGAUGCCAAAGUUGUGGGAAUCGUGGUGGCCACAUUGGGCAUUCAGGAGUACUUGACAGCUGUAAAUACAGUGAAAAGAACUCUCAAACAGAAGAAAAAGAAAUCUUACAUCCUCAGCGUAGGAAAGCUGAAUCCUGCCAAGCUUGCAAACUUCCCAGAGAUUGAUGCUUUCGUCGUGGUAGCUUGUCCAGAAAACGAGGUGUUUGAUUCAAGAGAAUUCUUAAGACCUAUGCUUACACCGUACGAAGUUGAGCUGGCAUUUAAUAGCGCGAGGGAGUUUUGUCCGCAAUAUUUUAUGGACUUUCGGCAAAUAUUACCUGGCGGUCAUCACUACGUUGACUUUAAGCCAUCAGUUGACUCGGAUGUUUCUCUCAUUACCGGUGAUGUAAGAAAUUCCGAGGAUGAUGCUUUAUGUACAGACCAAAUGAGUGCUCUAACACUCCGUUCAUCAGGUACCAUUGCCAUUGGUAAGGCUGGAGCACAAUACUUGCAAGAAAGAUCCUGGAAAGGUGUCGAACAAAGAUUAGGCGAGGAUCCUGUACGACCGGCAGAAAUUGGCCGUACUGGACUAGCAUGGGAAUAUACGAAUGAAUCUUUAAGCACAAACGAUAAUGACAAUGCACAAAUGUAAUAUAAAUAUAGUAUUUAUAAAUCAAA